GUUGAUAUAUCCUAAAGGACACCAAACCUACCUCCCACUGAUUUCCUCCUUCCGGCAUUGACGAUCAUUUCAAUGCCGCCUGAUCACAAAACUAAAUCAAGCUUUCACCUCGAGAGACCAGACAAACCAGCCAACAAGAAGAACGUCGAAUUGGGUACCGUCGAAAACACUGGUGUUUUGCGGUUGGUCAUGUGGGGUGGAGCCUUCGUUUUUGGAUGUCUACUCAUAGCUUCUACAUUUAAGAAGAGCAAGAAGAGCAUAUCCCCUAAAACAUGUCGAGAGGGUGUCUCAAAUCUUGAUGUUAUUGGUGGUUUCAAAGAAAGUAGCACCCGAGAUGAUGACGAUAAAGCUCGAAAAAUGGAAGGAUUACGACUUAUUUUGUCUUCAUCAACUGAUAUCAUCAGUCAUCCAUGUCACACGUCGUCAAAGAUGUCAACGAAUUCAAUAGAAGACUCCGUAGAUGAAAAUUUAACUCUAACAACAGAACCCAUUUUAGAAAAGAAAGAGGAGGAUAAUAUUGUGAUUAUUAUUUAUGAAGAAGAAGAGUACACAAAUUCAGAAGAAUCUAAAGAAACUGCAACCCAGAAAUAUGAUGAAAGCUCAGAAGUUCCACAAAGUUUUCCAUCUACAGCAUUAUUUGAUGAAGAUGACAAAAAUAGACCAUCAUCAACAUCAUCUUCCUCGUCUUUGUAUUCAUCCUCAUCAUCGUCAUCGUCAUCGUCAUCGUCAGAAGAAACUUCAUCUAGUGGAGUUGAUCUUUCACAAGAGAUUGAUGGAGAUGACAAUAAUAUUGAUAUCAUUAUAUAUAUUGAUGAUGAUGAGAAUCACGAAGACAAACAUGCUCGUAUAUAUGUAUAGUUUGAUAUGUGGGAAAUCUUGAUUCUAAUUUGUGUUUAUAUUUGAUAAAGAAAAUACUAUUUAAUUUUUGGAUCUCGUAAGAUACAUUGGAUCACACUGAUGCAUCUAUAUAAAUUCUUAAAAGUUGUUUUUAAUUUUUUCAA